UUUCCUCCGUGCGGGCGGCGGGCGGACAGUCAGGGAACGGCCGCGAUCUCGGAAUUCCACAGCGUACACUCCCCCCGCCACUUGUCUCCUGACAUCGAGGCCACCCCUUGCCUGGCCGGGCCCGAACUUCCUGACUGACCGACCGGGCCCUGACUGAUGGACGGACAGUGUGACUGACGCGCUGACAGUGGUGCCAGAAGUUCAUACUUCCACUCACGGCGUGUGGCAGGAGCAGUGUAGAGAGGGGCUCAGAAACCCAUGCGCCGCACCCGAUUUUUUUUAUUCUCCUCCCUCCUUUCUCUAAGGACUCCAGCUGACGCACACACCAGUUAGGAGCCCAGACGCCCCGGCGCCCCUUCCGGAGCACCUGCCCUCACCCCGGCCUUUCCAAGUUUCCCCACUUCUGUCCUGCUCUCCAGGCUCAGAUUCCCCCCACCCCAAGCCCCCAGCUUCGUGGUGCCCACUCCAGCUCUGCCCAUCCCUUCUGUGGGUCCCCACCAUGUCGCAGCGGCCCCCGGAUGUGCCCGGGGCCUAAGGGGCGGGAGGAGGGGAUCUGACCCUCCCUCCUUCCGUCUCUCAAGCACUGGCUGUGCUCACAGGUGGACAUGUCUUACGUAGAAUACAAGGACCAGGAGCCACAGCCGUUGGAGGAGAGCAAGGAGCAGCGGCAGGGCGAGGAGAGCCGUGAACAGGAAGCUGGUCGUGGUCCAGCUAGAAGUCAGGUUUCUAGCCCCUCUAUCGCCACCUCCAGUGCCAACCGCCAGCUGAUGAUGCUGGAAGGGAAGUCGGGACCCUACUUCUCCUCUCUGGACUCCAGCAUCGAGAUCCUGAAGAAGAGGGCCCAGGAACUGAUCGAAAACAUCAACGAGAGCAGGCAGAAGGACCAUGCACUCAUGACCAACUUCAGGGACAGCCUCAAGAUCAAGGUUUCGGACCUGACAGAGAAGCUGGAGGAGAGGAUGUAUCAGCUUUAUAAUCACCACAACAAGAUCAUUCAGGAAAAGCUCCAGGAGUUCACCCAGAAAAUGGCGAAGAUCAGCCAUUUGGAAACAGAGCUCAAACAAGUGUGCCACACAGUGGAGACCGUGUACAAAGACCUGUGUGUCCAGCCAGAGGCUACUACUUUGGAAGAACAGACCCACAAAGAUGGCGAAUGCUGACAGCUUCUAGGAGAGUCACCUCUUAGUGACAGCCACCCAGAGAAGGCUCAGAGGCCACUGUUCUGGCCACAUUGAGAAAAUUGUUUUUCACAGUUCUAUAAUGCAUCUUGGCAAAAAAAAAAAAAAUUCUAGCUCUUUGUGCAGACCCAAAAGGCAACGGGUCCAGCUGCUACCAUGGGCCCAGCUUUGGUACCCCCAACAUAUGGACAAUUCACCUACCCCAGUCCUGCACAGUUCAUUAAAUGUUUGAUUUUCAA